AUGCUUCCGGCUCUGCCUCGGUUGGGCGACUACGACAUAUCAGCCCAGAACGGCUUCUUGCCUGACGAAAUACCCCUCGACGUUCUACCAGAUCGCUACUACCAGCCAUGGGAGACGAUCGUACGCAACUUUCAGAGCUUGAUCCUCGCCAGGCGGCUACGUCGGAUAGUCGACGCACUUCCAGUACUCGAGACCGACCUCCUUCUCACAGAAGCUGAGUGGCGGCGAGCGUAUUCCAUUUUAGGAUUCAUCGCCCACGCAUACAUCUGGGGCGGUGACAGGCCAUCCGAUAUUGUGCCACCCUCUAUCUCGAUACCGUUCUUGGGAACAUGCAGACACCUGGAGCUUCCGCCAGUAGCAACCUUUGCAGGUGUGUGCUUGUGGAACUGGCGGCCCCUGUUCGAUAGCGAGCCUACAGACACCUUGGACAACCUUGCAACACACAUGACCUUCACUGGCUCGAUGGAUGAGUCAUGGUUCUACCUGGUAUCCGUAGCGAUCGAAGCGAGAGCUGGACCAGUUAUUCCGAUGAUGAUCAAAGCUAUUGCGGCAGCUAGACAAGGCGACAGCAACACGGUCGUGCAGUGUUUACGAUCGUUUGCUGAGAGGCUUGAUGAGAUAGGCGCUCUUUUGGAGCGCAUGUACGAGAGCUGUGAUCCGCAUGUCUUCUACCACCGCAUCCGACCAUUUCUAGCUGGAAGUAAGAACAUGGCGGACGCAGGUCUUCCAAACGGAGUCAUGUUCGAUGAUGGCAGUGGCCAACAGCCCUAUGUGCAGUUCAGUGGCGGAAGCAAUGCUCAGAGCUCUACCAUCCAGUUCUUCGACAUCGUACUAGGGGUUGAGCAUAGACCCACCGGUGAGAAGCGGACAGAGCCAGGAAAUCCAGCUUUAUCUGGACCUUCGCAUGGCUUCAUCCAAGAUAUGCGCAACUAUAUGCCUGGACCUCACCGUAGGUUCCUAGAGCACAUGGAGAGUGUUGCAAACAUCCGAGAAUACGUUACGCUGAAUCGCAAGGACCGGGCCCUUACAACUGCCUACGAUGCAUGCCUGGCAAUGCUGCGAAGCUUGCGCGACAAGCACAUCCAGCUCGUCUCGCGGUAUAUCAUCAUCAAGUCGCGUGAGACACAGUCGCACGCCCGAUCGGUGUCGCCCAAGCAAGCAAACACCCAGCGUGUCAACCUCGCCAAUACUAUGGCUCGCACUGGAAGUAAGAAGCUCCGCGGUACAGGAGGUACAGCUUUAAUUCCUUUCCUUAAGCAAGCGCGAGAUGAGACGGGCGAGCCGGCAAUCGAUGCGUGGGCAAAGCGAUUGCUUAACAACGGGCCAGCAGAGAUUGGCGCGUCCUUUGGUGUUGAUGAUGGCGUUGCCCGGCUAGGCAAGAUAACAGAAGGUUUCAACGGGCAAGUUGAGAUUGUUGGUCUUGCUGGUACUUGGAGUGUUGAUGAUAGCGAGGGAGGUAUCUGUCAUUGGUGA